AUGGUAUUUGGGAGACAGAGUUUAGUGAAGGACAGUGAGAACAUGAGAGAUCCAGAGCCCUGCAGAAUGAAACGCACUGAAGAACAAACAGGUUGGUGUUUAUUCCUGAUGCUUUGUGAUCAGUGCGGGAAGAGUUUCAGACAACAUAUAACCCUUAAAAGGCACAUGUUUAUCCACACUGGAGAGAAGCCAUAUGAAUGUGAUCAAUGUGAGAAACCUUACAUGUGUUCACACUGUGACAAGAUAUUCAGUCGUUCAGGUCAUCUGAAAACACACGAGAGGAUCCACACUGGAGAGAAACCUUACAUGUGUUCACACUGCGACAAGAUAUUCAGUUGUUCAGGUCAUCUGAAAACACACGAGAGGAUCCACACCGGAGAGAAACCGUAUCGCUGCACUGCAUGUGGGAAGACUUUCACUCACUCAUCAACAUCUACGAAGGCAUGCCAAAACUCACAUUAA